AUGACUAUCGGCGAUGCCAGUCACAAGUUUGAGCCGUUGACAGGCCAGGGAGGCAAUAAUGCAAUGGAAACCGCCGCGUCCCUGACCAAUCAUCUCGUUGCGGCCUUGAAAAACAGCCAGUCAGGCACCCUGUCAUCAGCAGAAAUUUCCAAAAUCUUUGAGGGCGUUCAACAGCAGCGUGAAAAACGUGCAUGGGGAUUGAUCAAAGUAUCCCAUGCCCGGCAACGUCUGGAGUGCCUGGAAACGCCCUUUUUGAAGUUCAUAGCAAGAUACGUGGUGCCACGCUUCUCCAAAUCCACUGUCCUCAGCAAAUGGAUCGACACGUAUUCUCCCGCAGUGUCCUUGGACAUGCUUCCACUGCCGCACAGGCCUCGAGAAAUUGCAUAUUUCGACGAGCGUUCUAGAACACCGUCAUCUCGGGGUGUGGUGAGCAUCUUGUUGUACGCUGCAUACUUCCUCCUAGCCUGGUUAGGCCAUCGUCAAUUGUCGGCAGCAAUCAGAGCAAAUGGAACAAUGGGGUUCGUCCGCCAGUCAAUCCAGAACCAGUCGGUUCAACUCCCGGGAGGAAUCGAAGCUCCCCUUCGCCAGGUGUACACAGGAAUCCGACCUGUUGACCUCAUUUUGAAAGUCAUGGUGGCUAUAUUCCUGCCAGCGGUCUCCAACUUCUCAAAGCCGGAGCAGCCAUUCCAAGUUCUGUACUUCCUAGGCUCGAUGAUGCCGAUUAUCGCUAUCUGGACGGUUGAAGGUUUCCGACCAAGGAACAAAUGGACCCUUCUUGCCAUUCCGAGCCUGUGGGCGGUUCUAUACCAGUUGCGAGGGAUAGGGUUGAUUGCACCGCUCUUCUUCAUAUCAAGCACAUAUGUUUCUUCGGGGAUAGCAUACUUUUCCCCAAGUACCCGCACACUUCCCGAAUCCACCGCUCGAGCGAUACUGCCAGCAUUGAUUUUGGGAUUCGUCGUGCCUACCAUGAUGCUGUUCUUCCCAUUGGCUGAUGCCCCGAACACGCGACAGGUCUUCAUUGUGCUGUGGCAGCCUGCUCCGGUAUACGUGCUUAUCUUGACUCACAUAUUCUCCCGCGUCAUCAAAUCGAUCAGUUCAAGCACACCGGCCAAGACCGAUAGCUCCGCAGCGGAGAGCAAACCAAACCGUGACAUCCCACUCUUGCAAACCCUCUACGCUGUGGCCGGUGGUGUAUCUGCUUGUUUCCAUGUGGCCUUGUUGCUGAGCUGGGCUGCUUUGGGGACAGGUUUUAUUACAAGGGCCUUCAUCCCAUCCGAUGCCUUCGCACAGGUGGCAACACUUGCGGACGGUGUCUUCGUGUUUUUCCAGAACGAUUUCCUCCUUGUUUCGGCGGCAACUCUCCUGUGGUGUCUGGCUAGCGUGUGGGAUCUGUACCGCAUUGGAGUGUCUAAUGUCUCCUGGCAAGUGGCACUGGCUGGUUUGAUUCUAGGUUCCGUGGCAAUUGGACCGGGUGCGACUGUGGCGGCUGUAUGGUAUUGGCGGGAGGAGGUCAUGAGUCGGACAUCUUUUCGCCGGCAUGGUCUGGGGCUCUAG